GUAUCUGUGGUCCCGGCUCUAUGGCGGUGGCGGUGUUGAGGCCGCUGGACGCGCCGCCGGCGGAGCUGGCGCCGGUUACCGCGCUGCUGCUGGCCCCGCCGGGGCUGUGCGCGGCGCUGCGCGGGCGGGGCGGCGGCUUGGUGCUGGCGGUGAGGCCGGCGGGGCGCGGCGGGGCGCAGGCGGUGCUGCUGAGCGCCGUGGCGCUGGAGGCCGAGGCGGGGGGUGGUGGUGGUGGUGGGGGGCGGCGGGGCGCCGAGCUGUUUCUGCGGGGCGCGACGCUGCGGCGCUUGGGGCUGUCGGCAGGCCGGCGGGUGGCCGUGUGGCCGGUUCGCCGCCCGCCGGCGCUGGGCUGGGUGCUGUUGGGAGCGGCGGGGCGCGGCGGGAAGCCGGCGGGAGGGGCGGUGUUGGUGCGGCGGGGAGAAGCGUUACCGGGGCCUGGGCCGGGGCCGGUGGUGCUGGAGGCCCGGCCGGCGCUCCAGGGGUUGCUGGGCAACGGCACGCGCACCGCGCUGGCUCCGCCCCCGCCGCCCGCCGCUGGCGCCCCCUGCCGGCGCCCCGCCGCCCCGCCCCUCGUCUCCCGCUUCGCCGCUACCACCGGGAGAGGCGGCGGAGGGGGCGGGACGCGGUUGCGGGCGGCCCCCGGGAGCGGCGCGGCGGGGGGGGGCGGCGGGGCGGAGGUGUGGGUGAGCCGGCGGGGUUUGCUAGCGCUGGGGCUUUUCCAAGGGGAGUGGGUGCGGGUGGGGGCGGAAGGGGCGGCCCGCCAGCAUUUGGCGGCUUUGCUGGCCCGCCCCCCGCCCUGGGAAUACCCGCGGGCCGCCCGCCGGUCCCCCCACGACGGGGCCGCGGUGCUGACCCCCGCCUUGGCCUUCAACUUGGGCUGCGACCCCGCCGCCGCCGCGCAACUCUGCCUGAGGAGGUACGAAAGAACCGGCUCCGCGGAUGGGAAGGGCAGCCGGUCCGUGCUGGCCGUGCCGCCCUUCGCCAAGGAGCUGCGCCUGGAGAUGGUCUCCUCGCCAACCUACAGCCCCCGGGGAGGCUACGACUGCAUCCUCAACCGGCACUUCGAGACGCCCCGGCUUGUCCAGGAGGGAGAUAUCUUAUGUGUGCCAACAUUUGGAUAUGCCGACUUUUUAGAAGCAAAUGCAGACAAAUUCUUAAGGUGGCCGGAGCUUUAUUUCAAAGUGAGGAAGAUUUUAGGCACGGUGGAAGGCGAGCAGUCCGAGGGUUACCUGGUGGACACCCAGAACACCUCUCUCUAUCUGGUAGGUACAACAAACAGUGCUGUCCCAUCCGCCCCAGCCUAUAACAGCCACGAGUUCUGGAGCAGUUUGUCUCCUGCUGGACUUUCUGAUGUUGUGAAGCAGCUCUGUGAUGCUCUUCGGCCUCACCUGGACAGUCGGGCAAGUGCGCUGAGCGGGGCCGGCAGCGUUCUCCUCUCAGGGCCAAGCGGCAGUGGGAAACUGAUGGCUGUCAGAGCUGUGUGUAGCCGCCUCAACCUCCACCUCUUCAAGGUCGAUUGCGUUAGUUUGUGCAGUGACACCAGUGGAGCCACAGAGGAGAAAGUGCAGAUGGCUUUCACCCAGGCCCAGCAGUAUCGUCCGUGUGUGCUCCUGCUGAAAGACAUUGAGGUUCUUGGCAGAGACCGGGACAGGCUGGGAGAGGAUGCCAGGGUCAUCGCCACUCUGAGACAGCUGCUCCUGGACAGAGACCCAGCGCCGAGCAGCCACCCUGUCCUGGUGAUCGGUACAACCUGCAAGCCCCAGGAUAUUCCUGCAGAUGUGCAGACGGCUUUCCUCCACGAGGUGAAAAUCGAAGCCCUUUCAGAAGAGCAGAGGAAGUCAAUGCUGAGCAUGCUGACUGCCAGUCUGCCUCUGGGCAAAGAAGUGAGCCUAUCCAAGCUGGCCCGCAGGACUGCAGGUUUUGUGCUGGGCGAUUUCUGUGCCUUGUUGUCCCACAGCAGCCGGGCUGCUUGUACCCGCAUCCAGGCCUUGAGUUUUCCAGGCGGACUGAGCGAGGACGUGGAGAGAGAUUUUUGCACUGCUGGCUUCCCAGUGCUCGAGGAGGAUUUUAGCGUUGCGCUGGACCAGCUGCAUGAUGCCCAUUCGCAGGCCGUGGGAGCCCCGAAGAUCCCCUCUGUCUCCUGGCAGGAUAUUGGUGGGCUCCAGGAGGUGAAGAAGGAGAUCCUGGACACUAUCCAGUUGCCCCUGGAGCACCCAGAGCUGCUGUCACUGGGUCUGUGCCGCUCUGGUCUGCUGUUGUACGGGCCUCCGGGGACAGGGAAGACCUUGCUGGCAAAAGCUGUGGCAACCACAUGCACCAUGACGUUCCUGAGCGUGAAAGGGCCAGAGCUCAUCAACAUGUACGUUGGGCAAAGCGAGGAGAACGUGCGUAAUGUGUUUGCCAGAGCCAGGGCAGCUGCUCCCUGCAUCAUCUUCUUCGACGAACUGGAUUCCCUGGCCCCUAGUCGUGGGCGGAGUGGAGAUUCGGGGGGUGUCAUGGACAGAGUUGUCUCACAGCUCCUAGCUGAGCUUGACGGCCUUCAUUCCACCAGAGAGGUGUUUGUCAUUGGAGCUACGAACAGGCCUGACCUCCUGGACCCAGCUCUGCUCCGGCCGGGCAGGUUUGACAAGCUGGUCUAUGUGGGCAUAAACGAAGACCGGGAGUCGCAGCUGCAGGUGCUGAGCGCCGUCACCAGAAAUUUUCAACUGGAUCCUUGCGUGAAUCUCACCGCCGUCCUGGAAAAAUGCCCGGCUCGCCUGACAGGAGCAGACAUCUAUGCCCUGUGCUCAGACGCCAUGCUGUGCGCUGUCAAACGCAAGGUGGAAUGGAUUGAGGAAGGGCUGGAUACCGAGAGCUCUGCUCUGAUCCUGACAAUGGAAGAUUUCCUGCAGGCUGCUGCGAGCUUGCAGCCAUCCGUCUCCGAGCAGGAGCUGCUCAGGUACAGGCUCAUCCAGCAGAAGCUUGCUGCCCGCUAAUGCUCAGCAGAGCUGGGACUGGAGGGGCGAUGGGGACGGCGUGGUAAGGGGUCUGAGAAAACAAGGACGACCAGGCACCUGCCAGCUCCUCUCAGAUGUCCCUGGGCCCCUUUCUAUCGAGCUCGCGUGGAAGAAGCGGCCGUGCAUUUUCUUGCUGGGAGCACUGCCCUGCUCAGCCAGGCUGGUGUUGGGUUCUGCAACGGCCCCUCGCAUUUCGGGGAGCACUCUGCGGCUGCCGGGUGACCCCCGUGGGGAGGAAGCCGAGUCCCGGGGGUGGGGGCAAUGUGAGAGUGGCUCCGUGGGUGACAGCCACCAAACAGCACGCGGUUUGGCAGCAAGAGCGGGGCUGGAGGUGUUGCUGGUUGGGGUGUCAGCCCCCGCUGAGGGGUGCUGGCAGCUGACCCGGGCUCGACAUGGUCCCGCUGAAUAAAUAGGGGCUUUUGGCACUA